UGUCAGCUGAUACACAGUAACACACACGCCACACACUGUCACAAACCUGGUUACCUGGGUCGUAGGAGCUUUCGUGGCUGGAGAGGGCAGAGGAUAAAUCGAACCAUGCUGCCUGACAAAGACGGUCCAGGUGUUGGAGGCGGACAGAGCUUUCCUGAGGGUGAAGACCCCUCCGUGUCUCUUUUUAGAGACUACCUCCGGCUCAGAACUGUGCACCCAGAGCCCGACUAUGAUGCUGCUCUUAGGUUCCUUGACAGAAUAGCGGAGGAGCUUGAGCUACCCUUGAAGAAGAUCGAGCUUUUUCCAGGUAGAGUCAUAUCCAUCAUGACAUGGGAGGGAACGAAUCCCACCUUGAAGUCCAUCUUGCUGAAUUCCCACACAGAUGUUGUACCUGUUUAUCAGGAACAUUGGAAGUACGAUGCUUUCAGUGCUUUCAAAGAUGCAGAGGGCAACAUUUAUGCCCGUGGAUCACAGGACAUGAAAUGUGUAACUAUACAGUACAUCCAGGCAGUCAGGAGGCUGAAGGCGAGGGGAUGGAAACCGACACGCACUCUCCAUCUCAUGUUUGUUCCUGAUGAGGAAGUUGGAGGCUACAAGGGGAUGGAGACAUUUGUGAAGCAGCCAGAGUUUCACAAGUUAAACAUCGGCUUUGCCCUUGAUGAAGGUUUGGCCAAUCCCACUGAUGCGUUCACUGUGUUUUAUGGGGAAAGGAACCCCUGGUGGAUUACUGUCCAUUGCCCAGGCAGUCCAGGUCAUGGGUCUCGGUUUGUGGAGAAUACAGCAGCUGAGAAGCUGCGCCAUGUCAUGAACUCCUUCCUGGACUUCAGAGAGAAGGAAAAACACAGGCUAAAUAUCAGUGAGUGUUUUACACUUGGUGACGUCACCACAGUAAAUAUGACUAUGGUCAAAGGGGGCGUGGCCUACAAUGUCAUCCCGGCUGAAAUGGACGUCAGCUUUGACCUAAGAAUACCACCUACAGUAAAUCUACAGGAGUUUGAGAGACAGAUCAAGCAGUGGUGUAAGGAAGCAGGAGAAGAUGUCACCUAUGAUUUUGCUCAGAAACACAUGAACCAGAAUAUCACAUCCACAGAUGAGAGUGAUCCAUGGUGGAAUGCCUUCAGUGCUUCCUGCAAAGAUAUGAAUAUGACUUUGAAGAAGGAGAUCUUUCCUGCUGCCACAGAUAGCCGUUUUAUCCGUGAGGUGGGCAUCCCUGCUAUUGGCUUUUCUCCAAUGAACCGGACGCCGAUCCUGCUGCAUGAUCACAACGAGUAUCUGAACGAGCAAGUCUUCCUGAAAGGCAUCAGCGUGUACGAGAGGAUCAUCCCGGCUCUUGCCAGCGUUGCUGCCCUUCCCAAUGAGGCUUAGACAUAAUUUAAUCCUUUCUAAAACAUAUUUACCAGAUGAUCUGACUAUUUAACUUGAGGAAUUAUCAAAGAUUACCAAAGAGUAUAUCAUUAAACGGAGCACUGAGCCUUUGGUACUGUUUAUCUUUUUGAUUCUCAGGAUGAAGUCACACUAAGCUUUGCUUUACUCAGCACAGCAGCAAGUCUUAGCAUCCUUUAUGUUAGCGUUGAGAUUGAGUGUACCUUUUUUUUGAAGGAUUAAUGCCUGUUGUGUAAAUCAGUUCAUUUAAAGAACUCAAGUGGAAGCUGAAGAGGCUUUUGAUUGCCAGUUUCUAAUUAAACCAAAUCUAAAAUUUUAGAUGACAGAGAAUUUUACUUAACCAAAAGUCAAACUGAAUAAAUGUAUUUCUUCACUAA